AUGCCUGAAAAACAGACAAAAUUAAAUAAAAACGAAACACCAUCCUUUGAGGAGUUUAUGAAGACUUAUGAAGGUGAGGAAGGAGUGAUUGAUAAUUAUAAGUUUGAAGUAGAUGGUUAUGGCAAUAUUGGGUGA